ACAAGAAGCCGCAGCUGGUCCUCAAACCGCAGCUCGAGCUUGCUCCCCGUAGGCCUUACACUGGAUCGCGCCCACGGGUACCUCUUUGGCGCUACUUUUUGAUGGUGCAUGUGAAAGACAAAGCCGAUGAACUAGUGAAGUUGGAUCUGGACACAUUCAAACCGUCUCCAGCAGAUGGCGAUGCUACUAUUCGCUGUUCUAUUACUUGUUCUUCGUCUGAGUACUCCCUCCUCUUUCAGUACCCAGGGAGUACAGAGAGUUUUGUCAGGUUUCAGCAACACUUAGCAUCACCGUACAGAACGCUUCGGAUUUUGAGAUUAUUAUGCAAGAGCUUAGCACUCUGGGUAUCUGCGUAGAAGAUGACCACGGCAACCAAGAGCAGAGGUCCCUCUCUGGAUCAGCUAUCUUCAGAUCAUGGGGACCAGCGGGCCAGACGCUUCGAUCAACAUACCGACCACCCGGCGACGUACGGCCGUUCGAAAGCACGAGCCCUCGUCUGGGUACGGGACCAACCUCACAGGCACAAUACCCAUCAUACCCGGAAAGACAUCUCUAUGGUUCCCUUCAACGACCUCCUAGCCACCCAUUAGAGCCGCCUACAGAUUUACAAGCAGGACAGCGCCCUUGGUCACCGGCGUUUAUACCAUCUCGGCCAGCAACAACACUCGGUGUACCCGGAAUUCUAGGUGAAGGCAUCUACAAACUCAGCAAGAUCGGACCUACCUCCUCCAGUCGGCUGAGAGCAAGACGGACUACCACACCCAUCGAGCAGCAAGGCCAUGGGUUGUACACAGUUUCUAAGCACUUCGAUAAGACUCUCAGCAGAGCGGAUAUUCUUCAUGCGACAAGGGGACGAUAUCUGGGGCGAGGGUUGUCUUCGAGCUUGCAGGGCGAGUCGACAUCCUCCUACCCGACUAGAUCACCCAGCCUGGGUAAUUCGAGGGCUGAAGACCAAGGAAAACCCGGGCAAGAGCAGAAAGCAUGGCAAUACCCGGCUCGGAUGUCGAGUGUUUUAGAGCGCAUCCCGGUCAACGCCCAACACCAGCCAGGGCUCAGACGGCUACGAACAGCGAACCAUGCUCUAGAUACAAGCCCGUCUGCCGGUUUUAACUACAACGAGGAGAACCCCCUUCUCUCUAGCGUUAAUGAGGAGAAAAGCAGACAUGGGUUUUCCUUUUCACAGCCAAAUCUGGCAUCAAAAGGCACUGACGAUGUCUUCCUCUUCAGUUCAAGUCCGACACUCUUCGAGCAGCCAACCGAGCGCGAAUUACGGGACGACUGGUUGAUACAAUGCUCGCAGAUUCAGCAUCAAGGACUGUGCGAAGCAAGCAAAAUAUGGGAUGAGUUCGUGGAUAAAGCGAACAAGGAAAUGGCAGCGGCGGAGCCAUCCAGGGAUUUGUCGGAUGUGUUGUCGAGAUUCGAAGACGAGUUUACGCGGCGUUGGGAAGGAGUUGUGUCUGCUACGGCGCAGAAUAUGAGACGUUUCUGAGACGGAAGCUUUGUUGUUUUGGUGUUAAAUAUGGUUGCGUUCUCCAUGAUAAAACCGGCAUCUGGGUUUAUGUUGCGUAAACCUGGUCAAGAUGAACCAUGAUGGCACUUCCACCACCAGAACAUGCCUUGGGCUCCGUCCAUUCCCUGUUACUUCACAAAGCAGCGCCGACAACUCCAACCUACCCACCAAAAUCCAGCCACUCAAGACCAACCCCCUUUCCUCAACCCCUCCUCCCACGGAUUCCUACACCUUACUCUCCCCUGCUUUCCCCUCCGCCCCCG